AUGGACCUUGAAUGGAUGAACUUCUGUUUGGACCCUGAACUCCUGUCCCCGCCGUUAUCAUGUUCCUCCUCCUUGCCGUCUGAAGGAUGUCCAGAUUGGGAAUUUGCAACAUUUUACCAGACUCCUUCCUCUCUGCGCGACGAUGAUGGAUCAAGCAAGCCCGGCGACCAAAAUGUAUAUCCACUCUUGGCAGGACCCCGGAGAUCGGUACUCAACACCCCCGCUGGUCUCUCGAGCCCAAUCAAAUGGCACGAUUUGUUACAGCUUUUCCUAGAAAGAGAGUGCUCCGCGCCGGCCGCCACUGGCCCAAACGUCGACUUUGGUGGCCAAUCUCCACAGCCCUUGUUUGGGCCCCGGCUGCCAAGUCCGGGGACUUGCCCUGUUGCGGACGGGCAGGGCCAAGAAGACAGCGAUGGCUAUUCGACCACCCAUCAAUCAUCGCCCAUGGCUGCAGGAACUGCCAGCGAAGUGGCCACUCCGGAGCUACAGCACGAGACCGCCGCUUCAGAAAGUUCUCCCGAGAGCAAUCGCGAAGUGACAGGACGGGGGACAAUUACAUGUGCUAGUUCGAGAACAAGGCACAACAGGUCAAAGUCCAAUCACGAUCACAAAUGCAUCGAGAAAAACUAUCGCGACCGGCUCAAUAGCGGAUUCAAAAAUCUUACACGUGCACUGGAAGCCUGCGGAGAAAAUAUUAGUGCUAGCGAGGGCGGCACAUGCAACGAGUUCCGGGCGCAAAGCAAGGGAGCGGUGCUGCAGCUGGCUGCUGCGAGAUUACAACGUCUGCAGCGGGAAAAUAAGCUCCUUGCGAGUGAGCUGAAGUGGAUGAAAGGAUUGACGGCUAAUGUAUGA